AAGUUAUGCUCCUUCAACAAACCCGCAGCCUCUGUUCCUCCAAUGCAACCUUUAGUUCAAGUUCCCUUACACUAGAUUAAAAGAAUGAAAGUUUUCAUUGCACACGGAUACAUACAUGCUACAAAUUAUCCCUCCAGACAUGACGGCAGCCGGCGCGCCCAGCUCACGGGGCCCCGCGGCUCUCCCAGGGCAGGCUGGGUAGCGUUUCAUGGUUACUGUUGCUACGCGAGCAGCGGCGCGGCGGCCCCAGCAGCGAUGGUGAAGGAAACCAUCCGGGUGUACGCGCGCCUGAAGCCGCUGGGCAGGCGGCAGCAGGCGGGGAUUUACUCAGUUGAUGAUGAAAAAUCUGCAUCCAGUCUGGAGAUUAUUGUGCCACGUGAUUUAGCAGAUGGGUUUGUCAACAAUAAGCGAGAGAGCUACAAGUUCAAAUUUCAGAAAAUUUUUGAUCAAGAGGUGAAGCAAGAUGUGGUUUUUGACAGCAUUGCCAAACCAGUGGCAGAAUGUGCUUUGGCAGGAUAUAACGGUACUAUCUUUGCAUACGGUCAAACAGGUAGUGGCAAAACAUUUACAAUCACAGGAGGAGCUGAACGCUACAGUGACAGAGGCAUCAUUCCCAGGACUCUCUCUUACAUUUUUGAUCAAUUGCAGAAGGACAACAGCAAAGUCUACACAACUCAUGUUUCUUACUUAGAAAUCUACAAUGAAUGUGGUUAUGAUCUGUUGGACCCAAGACAUGAAGCUUCCAGAUUAGAAGAUUUGCCAAAAGUGACAAUAAUAGAAGACCCUGACCAGAAUAUUCACCUGAAAAACUUAUCUCUUCAGCAAGCAAGCAAUGAAGAGGAAGCCCUAAACUUGCUCUUCUUAGGAGACACUAACAGAAUGAUUGCUGAGUGUCAGGAAAUUGUGUCCCCUAAUUUUUCAACAGUUAGGUCAGACGAGUGGCUUGCAGUGACAACAAAGGUUUCUGGAGUUCUACUGAACCUUGGAGUAUUUUAUGGUAUUAUGGAAGAUAAAGCAGAACCAGAAGAAUCUAAGAGAUACCUUUCAGAUGCUCUUCAGCUCUAG